AUGACUCAACAGCCACCAUCCAUAACAGCUCUAGGAGGAGUCGAUUCGGAUAACUCGACGCGCCUGGCUUGCCAACUUCCACCAGAGCUACUGCUACAUAUAUUUGAGCACACCCUAGAUACCAGCAUCAAUGAUUACAGGUUGCCUUCUCACAGUCAGACAGCUGCACCACUCGUCCUAUCCUGGGUUUGCUCAUCCUGGCGUCGACUUGCUAUUACAACCCCUAGACUAUGGACCUCAAUUUCACUCGGGUCUCAUGGAUCAAGCCCAGCAUGUGAUGCGUGGAUCCUUGAUCUCUUCAUCUCACGGUCUGGCAUCAAGUACCCGUUAUCCUUCGCCAUGAACUAUGAUGCACCCGGAUCAGCACGCCAGGAGAAGAGCUCGCUAAGCCGGGCACAGAGCAAGGCGUACGUGGCAAGCAUGCAUAAAAUCGCAAGGCGGCUUGUAGCUGUACGCCACAGGUGGCGACAUCUAAUCGUCAAUGCACUCGUUCUGGACGCUCUUGCCCCUCUCUUUCGUGCACUACCUCAAGGCACUCCGUUACUCGAAUACUUAAGUCUGUCAACGAAGUAUACUGGAUUUCAUGGGCGAGAGUAUACGAUGAGGCUUACGUCAUGCAAUCGUUUACGCACUGUGCGAAUCCUAUCGCCAAUGGUGUUCUUUGAUCCUUCCUUGCCACUUCUCCCUAAUCUCACCACUCUGGACCUACAUUUUGUUCAGUCUCUUCUAGAUGCUAUUGCCUGGCUAGCAGCUUGUCCGAAUCUCGAAAGGCUAUCCAUCGAACUGUAUGCUUCAUUGCGACGUCAUGAACCUCUAAGCACUUUGCAAAUCCGAUUAGAACGGCUAUCCCAUUUCUCGCUUACCUGUUCUUAUGGCGAGUCGGAUCCGGGUCCGCUCCUCGAUUGCAUGAUAACUCCAAACUUGCAAUCACUUCAUUUUAUUCGAUACAGGACAUCGUUGUUAGGUCCAGACAAUUCAUGGCAGAAUAUUGUUGGCCUCCUUGAAAGAUCUGAAGAUCCACCAUUGCAUGAAUUACACUUGAUCGACACGCCUGAACAUCCUGAUCAACUAUCAAACGUGCUACAACGAGCAAGUCGCGUAAAGUAUCUUGCUCUGGAAGGAGAAGCUGUCACGGAUGAAUUGAUACAGCAACUGUAUGCGGGUCCUGUUGGCGGUGAACUCGGUGGAAAUGCUGAUGCUAUUCCACUCUGUCAGAAACUUGAGACACUAGAGCUGCACGACGUACCUGCUUGUUUUCCAACUAUUAUUGAUGUAGCUCGAUCUCGGACUAAAGUUUUCGAAGGGACAGAUACUGGUUCUAACGCAUUCAGGACAUUGAAAUCCUUGAUCCUCUCAUAUGAAACGUUCGGACAUUUCUUUAAUGAUCCAAACAACUUUAUUACCAUUCCAAGUGAUUUGAGUAUUGCUUUCAAGCCAACAACGGCUCGAUAA